CGAUAUCGCACCGAAUCGGUUUCUGCUCCGUAGUCUCCGUACACCGCAGUUUAUUCGCGUCGGUUUUUCCGAAUUGAUGAAAUUUAACAUCGGGAGCGCGCGUCGAGCUUUUCAGCCGGCUGGUUUUAUUUUUUAUUUGUUCGAUAUAGGGUGAUUAUUCAUUCGUUGAUGUUUAGUCGGGGUUGAUGGUGCGAUGACGUUUCUUUCGAAGUGCGCUAGAAAAUCCGCCGGUAUGCGGGACGCUGGCGGAUUAGAAAGCUCCAAUGCUGCGAAGGAUAUCAAACCGUGGCCUAACGAGAUAUCGAGCAGCACCGGCUCGGCGAUCGGCGGCAGCAAACUCCGCUGUCCCGCGCCCAUUUCCCGGCUGAGGGUCGAGAAAAUCGAGGGCGGCCUCAUGGUGGCGGGCGUCGUCGUCGCCGCCAAUUGUCAAAUAAUUUUGCCCAUCUUCGGAUUUCUCUUUCUACUAGUCGGCUGUGUUUUAACCGCCGCUUCGUAUCGAGGUCCGGGGGAGGACGAGGAUCCCGAUCGGUACGAGGCCCGCAUCUCGUUCACCGGGAACUCCAGGAUCCUCGGUCCGGCGUGCAUCGUGGUCGGUUUCUUCAUGCUCGUCGCCGGUUGCGUGCUGUGCGUGCUGACGAGGCGGGCCCGACGAAGGGAGCAAACCAUCGGGUUCCAUUGCCCGUUGCACGGGGACUUCUAUCCCCUCAGCCCGUUGUCCAGUUCCCGAACAUUGGGUAGCAUCGAAAAGGGUAGAACUUGUACCCUGUGUUGGCCUAGGAAACGGGGUCCGGGCGCCAUAUCGGUGGGUCCUCCGCAGUGUCCACACAGCCAAAUGUCGAGUACCAGGAGUUCGAUCGCCAGUUCCCCCCACAGCCAGUGUCCCACUCCUCUGCCGUUUUUGGUAAAUUCAGGAUCGGUCGGAGUAUUGGUGGCGCCGGUGGCUCAAAUGUCGCCCGAUCAACCGUUCGGUUCGAUUAAAUCGCUGACGGGCGGCAGAGAGGUGGCCAGUUUCCCUUUAUCGAGGACGCCGACGCCGCCGCCGAGCGCCCAUUUCGACAGUCCGAACCUGGUGCACGUGCCGGACCAACAGAACCUGGUGGAGUAUUCGCAGUUCGAGCAGGUGCCGGUGCACCGGAACGGCCCCAGGAAGUCGGUGUCCAUCGUGCUGCCCGCCGAGGAAAAGGGAUGACCCGCGGAGCUCUAGCGAGUUUGCCGGACGUUUCUCUCAUUGACCGCGCGAUUUCUUUUUUAAAUUUUCAUAGCCGAUGUGAUGAGUAAAUACUCGAAAAAAGUGAUAGUAGAUAAAGGCUCGUUGUUGAUUUAGUUAGGCAGCUUUUGGGCCGGUGUUGUUUUAUAACUGUAAGAUAAUUCGAUGAUUAAUUGGUUCGAUUGGAUGAUCGAAAUGAAACUUGUCGAGUAUUUACUAAUCGACGUUAGUAAUUGAUUAAUAUUUUGAAUAGUUGCGAUAAAAGAACUAAAUGAGUAUACCGAACGUUACUCGAUUUUUUAUCCCUGUUAGUAAACAUAAUUGAGAUAACUGCCGGGUGAUUAGAAACUAUUUUUACAAUUGUUUCUAAUUUACCCGGUACCUUCAGCUUUGUGAUCAAAUUAUCUUAUAACACCUUUUCCACCGCCGCUCGUUUAGAACGAUGAUAUUGUCAUCGAAAAUUAAUUUGACCAAAAAAGAUUUUGGAGUUUUAAACUCGUUUUCUAAAACAUUACCGGCAUAUUACGCACCACCCGUCAUUCUAAACUCAUGAGAAAAUAUCAAUAACAAUAAUCGUAGCUGUUAGAUUUUAUGAAGCCUUUCGAAUAAAAUUCCCGUCUAAUAAUCGAUGAAAAUAAAUCGGGGAAUUUUUGCUGGACGGCUUCGUCCUAGUACUCAUAAAUGUCAUAAUUUCUUUCGAGUGAUAUUAUUUAUUUCCAAUAGAGUUAUGAUAAAGUAGCGAGAAGUUUUCGCCAUUCGAACAUCGACCAAAAGAGGGAGAGUAUUGUAUCGAAUGCCAAAUAAAAAUCCGCAUAAUUAUCAUGAAUUCUCAUUUUGUAUUUUUAACGAGUCGUAUAAUAACUAGUUGUAUUCCAAAAACGUACCGGACCAUUCUAGACUCUCGCUUAAAAAGGUUCCGUGUAUUAUCCAACAUCACCCUUUACAUUCCUGUUUAAUUAUUAAGUUAUUGCUCAUUUUCUAUUAGGCUUGAAUCAAGACUGAGGCGAUUUUUUAUCAGACCAAAAAAAAAACAUAUCAAGUCGCUGUUCGAAUGGCGAAAGGCUUUCCCGGCGACUUGGCGUACUUAGUAAGAUAAACUCGCGUAGAUUUGUACUCGUUUUUAUUUCGUGUGUUUGUGUGUGUACGAUUCGCAAUAAUUUUUACGUUGAUUUUGUCCGUGCCAAACCCGUGUCGUUUGUAUAGCCGAUGUCGUAGUACGGAAAAGGCCUGUCUAAUCUUUGAAAUGUCAAAUUUUCGAUUAGACGGAUCGUUCCAUGGAAUAAGGCCAAAGAUGAUAUACUCUAUAGAUGUCUCACGCGAACGCCAAUGCUAUAAAAUAAGUUAUUUUUGAAUAAAACAAUUUAACAGUAUCAUUCACAACACAAACUGAACUCAAAAUUAAUCUUUUAAACAGAAUCCCACUUUAAAGUCAACUUUUCUGUUCAAACACCAACUGAAAAAAGUCAAAAAUUUCUACAAAAGUAAAGCCAGUUUUUAACAACGAUUAAUCAACAUUCAACUAAACCCAAAUUCCUUAUAAAUUCUCUAGUAGUGUCCCCUAGGCGUGCGUGAACCAUCUUUUAUAGAGUAAGUAGUCUGUGAAUAAG